CCGGACGCCGUGCAGCAGACCUGCUCCGGCUGCGCGCCGCGCCGCUCUCCUCCGAAAGUGGCAGCAGUAGCCGCGGCGGCCGCAGGGGUUCCCGGCUCCCGCAGCUCCUCGAGGGAGGCAGGAGGCGAGCGCGCCUCUCCUGAGCCCCCAGGACCCUUAACCUGUUCCCCGCGUGCAGCUGCGCCGCCGCCCAGGACUCGCUGCCCAACAUGGAUUUCCUCCUGGCGCUGGUGCUUGGGUCUUCGCUCUACCUGCAGGCGGCUGCGGAGUUCGACGGGAGGUGGCCCAGGCAAAUAGUGUCAUCAAUUGGCCUGUGUCGUUAUGGUGGGAGGAUUGACUGCUGCUGGGGCUGGGCCCGCCGGUCCUGGGGACAGUGUCAGCCUUUCUACGUCUUAAGGCAGAGAAUAGCCAGAAUAAGGUGCCAGCUCAAAGCUGUAUGCCAGCCACAGUGCAAACAUGGUGAAUGUAUCGGACCUAACAAGUGCAAGUGUCAUCCUGGAUAUGCUGGGAAAACCUGCAAUCAAGACCUGAACGAGUGUGGCCUGAAGCCACGGCCCUGCAAGCACAGGUGCAUGAACACGUACGGCAGCUACAAGUGCUACUGUCUGAGCGGGUACAUGCUCCUGCCGGACGGGUCCUGCUCGGGUGCCCUGACGUGCUCCAUGGCAAACUGUCAGUAUGGCUGUGAUGUUGUCAAGGGGCAGAUUCGGUGCCAGUGCCCCUCUCCUGGCCUGCAGCUGGCUCCUGAUGGGAGGACCUGUGUGGAUAUUGAUGAAUGUGCCACCGGAAGAGCCUCCUGCCCCAGAUUCAGGCAGUGUGUCAACACUUUUGGGAGUUACAUCUGCAAAUGUCAUAAAGGCUUCGACCUCAUGUACAUUGGAGGCAAAUACCAAUGUCACGAUAUAGAUGAAUGCUCCCUUGGUCAGUAUCAGUGCAGCAGCUUUGCCCGAUGUUACAACGUACACGGGUCCUACAAGUGUAAAUGUAAAGACGGAUACCAGGGUGAUGGACUGAAUUGUGUGUAUAUUCCAAAAGUCAUGAUUGAGCCUUCGGGUCCAAUUCAUGUACCAAGGGGAAAUGGUACUAUUUCAAAGGGUGAUGGAGGACACAGUAAUUGGAUUCCUGAUGUCAGAAGUACUAGGUGGCCUCUGAAGACACCAUAUAUACCUCCUGUCAUUACUAACAGGCCCACUUCUAAGCCAACAACAAGACCUACACCAGAGCCGAUGCCACAGCCUACCCCACCUCCACCGCCACCCACAGAACCCGGAACACCUCCACCAGCAACAACCCCAGAAAGACCAACCAGCAGACUGACAACUGUAGCACCAGUUACCACUACCUCUCCAAGGGGGAUUACAGUUGACAACAGAAUACAGACAGAGCCUCAGAAACCCAGAGGAGACGUGUUUAUCCCACGGCAGCCUUCAAAUGACUUGUUUGAAAUAUUUGAAAUUGAAAGAGGAGUCAGUGCAGAUGAUGAAGCAAAGGAUGAUCCAGGUGUUUUGAUACACAGUUGUAAUUUUGACCAUGGGCUUUGUGGAUGGAUCCGGGAAAAAGACAGUGACCUGCACUGGGAACCAGUGAGGGAUCCAGCAGACUCAAGGAUGAAAGAUACAAGACAUGAAGAAGAAGUAUGUUACUUGUUUCAAAAGCCUAGUUCCUAAGUGCCAUCCCAGGCACAGCGAGCACAGAGCACGUACAGUUAACCUGAGAGAGGAUGUGCUCUAAGCCAGUUCUUCUCAACUUCCCGGGCGCGUACAGACCAGCCGGGGCCUUGUUGAAAUGGACAUCUUGAUGUGUUUCUCACACGUUCCUGGGGGAUAAUUUUGGUAUUACUCCCUGAUGCACAUUUUGAGUAGCAAGGUAUUAAAGGAUUAGUGCAAAAAUGUAUUUAUUAGAUCCCCUAAGAUUGAACUGUUAGAGAUAUUAAAAAAUGAAAAUGGGAGGUAAGCUUUUAAAAAAUGAAUAUCCAAUAAAUUCAAAUGGGGUUUUAGAUUUCUUUGAGCUAGAAAAUGAUUUUUCACGCCACACACACGCCGGGACAGUCCCUCUCAUUCUCACUUUCGUGUUUACCUUCUCACUUACUUAAAAUUAACUCCGAGCAGGACAUUAUUAUAAAUGUCACCGAUAUCUGUGAAUAGUUGUUUAAUAGCUACUAUAGUUAUGACUCAUUCAUUAUCUCAGUUUUAUUUAAUCUUCUUAUUCACCCUGUGAAACAGGUAAUACUGUUUUCAUUUCACAAAGGCCCAGAACUUACAUCAGCUUCCUGAGGCCGCACAGCUAAAGAAUGGACUUCGCGUCCAGGCCUCUCUGCGCUGCCCGCGCAGCCACCUUGGCGGUUCAAUACCCAGACAGCUGCAGCCUUAUUCUGGGGUUUUCCGCACUCACCAUCUGGCCCCCACGUCCGGGGGCGGUGUGCACGAUCCGAUUAGCAGAUCUCAGGCCUGUGGAGUUGAGUGACGGCUGACCUGGAGCAGCUCACUAGGGGAGGGAGGUCCUGUAGCAACCCUGUGUAAUGCAGUGGGGAAUAAUGUUCGUGGUCAUAAUGAAUCAUUCUUUCAGGUGAGGCACACUGGGGAGAGUGACUCAUGCUAAGCUCAGAAGAAUUCAUUGCACUUCUAUGUGGACAGUCUAUGUAAAACAAUUGAUUUUUAGAAUUUAAAUACCAUUUUUUAGUAAUUUUCAACACUUUUUAUUAUUCAUCACAUAUGUAAAUGUUGAAAUUUGUUGUGACCCCAAAUCCACUUGCCCUCUGAUAGAAAAAUGAGAAGAGGACUGGCAAUUAGAAUGGUUGACAAAAAAAGGUUUGAAAUGGUCGUCUGGCUGUGAUAAUACAGAACAAGCUGAAAGGAAGUGGUGGCUGCUUGGGUGAUAGGGCAGCUCCUGGUGAUUGGCUCUGGUUCCCAGGAUGCUCUUCUGGGGUUGCUCCAGGUCUUUACUAACAACUUGGAUGAACUGGAUAUUGGAGGCAUACUAACCAGUCUGCGGAUGACUUAAGGCAGAGGAGACAGUGGCUGUGUGUGCUGAUACAGCCAGCAACCAGAAGAUUAGAUCAGUAGGUCACACUUAACAGGCUGAAAUCUAAUGGGGAUGAAUACAAGGUGUAGCUCGUGGUCUAGAAACCACCUACACAACCGUGGGAGGUCAAAGAUGUGAUUCAGCAGUUAAGUGUGAAAGACUUCAGCGUUUUAGUGGGUCAUGAAAUCAACCCUGUGUUGUUGCAGCCAAAAAGUUGGGACAUUUAAAUAGAAAUAGAUAUGUUUUUCAAGAAUGGAAAAUACCCUUUGGGGUGUUCUUUACUGUCUGAGAAGAAUAAAAGUAAUUAUAGGCACUAGGAAUAAAAUGCUCUGGCUGGAGAGGUAUCUCAAAGCCUGUAGAAAACGAGUGAGGAGCCCAGCAGUUUCAACCUGGAGAAGAAAUAUUGGAGCAGGGCAGCUUUUCAGAUGCAUGGCCAACAAAUCUAUCUCAGUUGUUCUGUCACUACCAGGGGAUGAGAAGUUGGUUCAGUAGGUGAAAACUACAGGGGGAUGGAUUUUUGUCACUCUUAGAACAUCUCCAUAGAGCUGUCUAGAGAGAAAUCAGGCUGAUAGAGGAGCACGGGGCUCGGUGGAGCCGUUUGACUGGACGACAUGACAAGGUGCUGUUUUGAGAAUUAGACAAAAGUCAGAUUAACAGAUCUCUUACACUGGCUCUGGGAGCCUAUGAUUCAGAAUGAAAUGUCCCAGGUAAUCCGAGGAGAUCAGGCAGCAGGGUUCUGGCUUAGAAAAUGGGUGGAAAGACCAAAUAUGGCAGAGAGUUGGAAGAAGGGAUAGGAGGAGGGGCACAGCAUAGCAUAUGUCAAGGUGGAACUGCAGGUGGGCUUUUUAGAAUAUGUCAGGAAAUUCUAACCAUAUACAGAUUCUAACACAUACAGAUGGGAAGUGCUGAUGAAGCUUACUUUUCCGUGCCUGUUUUUCUUCUAGGGAGUUCAGGUGGGGUUGUGUAUGUGUAUCACAUAUGAAGGCCAGGGAAGACUAUAAGCCAUGUAAUAAAUUAUUUUUGCAUAUUAUUCUAGUGACCAAACUAAUUGCUUGUUUCUCUCUAGAUUAUACCAUUUGUAAAGGAAUGUAUGUUUGGAUUUCCACGAUUCUGAUUGAUUUUUAUGUUGUGCAUUUCUUAUCUAAGAUCCAGAUUUGCAAAUAUUCUUAUAUGCUAAUACCUCUAAGAAAACUCUCAGUUAAACAAACUUACAAUUUGGAGAAACAAGUGCAUUUGCUCUCCCUCCUUCCUGGUGCUCGUUAGGUUUUGUUUAUCAUCACAUUCAGUCUUGAACUUAAUUGUGAGAAGGUGAAAUUAAUCCAUCCUCUAGGGAAUGGAAAGUUGUGCUGCAGACAGAUGUGGUGUGUGCUACAGGCUUACAACUGUGGCCCUGAACACACGCCCUUCUCCUGCAGCUUCGAGGCCAAAGUUGAGACCCUUUUCCUGGAACCCUAAUCCCUGGGGAUCAAGAGUUAAAGGCAACUGACUCAGCACUCUUUCUGCUACCCAUAGCCACAAGCAAUUCAUUUAAAUAUAAGACAAGUAUGCCAGCAUGUACCUACAAGUAUGUCCACUGCAGCAUUAAAAUACAUCACUUUCGAAUACAUGUAAAUGGACAAAUAAAUCAACAGGGAAAAUGAAAGCUCCCUCCCAACCCUGGCUCCCAGUCAUCCUACCCGGAUGCAACCAGCUUCUUGGUUAUCUUUCUGGAGUUAGAUUUUUCCACACACCAGCCCCCCCUUCAGUACCUUCUGUCACUUAACCACAUUAUCUUAAGAGUUAAUGUGAGUGUGGACUCUGAAGCCAGGAUGCCUGGGCUGAAACCCGGCACCACCACUGAUGAGCUUUGAUCUCGAGCAGGUUUACUUAAAUGGGGUAAUCAGUAGUGUCUACAUAUGUAAAGCAUUUAAAGCAGUCCUGGGCCCAGAGUUACCAUCAGAAUAGUAUUAGUUAUUGUGGUUGAAGACUGCCGUGUAUCAGUAUGCGCAGAACACCCUCAUUCUUACUAAUGGCAGUUAGUUACUCCCUCACUCCUUCCAUGUGUUUAACCUGCCGUCCACUGAGGAACAUUUCAGUUGUUUCCAGUCUUCUGGUAGUUCAUACAAUGCUGUAGUAAGUAACUUUGUACAGAUGUCAUUUCAUGUAUGUUUGAAUGUAUCGUUAGGAUAAAUUUCUACAUGUAAAUUUUCUGGGUCAAAGGGAAUUUGCAGUUUGAAUUUGGGUAGAUUUUACUAAAAUGCCCUUCAAAAGGAGUGAAGCAGUUUAUGCUCACACCAACAAUAUUUAGAACCAUCCCUAACACAGAUCUUUUUUUUUUUCAUCUUUGUCAAGCUUAUAGGUGACAAGGCAUCUCACUUUUAAUUUGCAUUUCUUUCAGUGAGAAAAGUUAACCAUCUUUUCAUUUAUUUAAGUCUUUAUUUUCCUGUAAUGCCCUUUAUUUUUCCUUUGUGUUCUUAUUCUUGAUUUGUAAAAGGUCCUUAUGUAAAAAGGAAACUCAGCCUUUUUUGACGUUGCCGAUAUUUAAUUUUUUGCUUAUCUU